AUCUCUCUGAUUUUCUCCCCCUUCAAGCCAUUGUGGUCCUUGUCCCCAUCGUCUUCUCCCGCAACUGCAAUGGAGCUUCAUCUCCUGGCGGAUCCCAAUAACUUGUGCUGCUCAUCUUUCUUCUACUCAACGCCCGCUACCCUUUUCGCGAAUGUCCUGAAUGAAAAACCUUGCAACAUCCCAAAGCUACGUCGUUUCUAUGUCCAGUCAUCGAAGCAAGGCUCCAAUCCCGUAUCCUCUGGGCUCCAGAAAGACCCCAAGAAGGCCUUGUCUCGGAUUCUCAGAACGGAAGCUGCUAUUAGGGGUGUUGAGAACAAGGCUAAUUCUAGGAAGUACAGACAGCUAUGGCCCAAGGCUGUUCUGGAAGCUUUGGAUGAAGCUAUCAAAGAAAUUCGCUGGGACGCUGCUCUUAAGAUUUUUGCUCUUCUCCGUAAGCAGCUUUGGUAUAAACCAAGAUGCCAAACAUACACAAAAUUAUUGAUGAUGCUUGGCAAGUGCAGGAAACCAGAGGAGGCCAGCCUGCUAUUUGAGGUCAUGUUGUCUGAAGGGAUCAAACCUACUAUUGAUGUCUACACUGCUCUUGUAAGUGCUUAUGCUCAAAGUGGUCUACUUCAUAAGGCAUUUCAUGUAGUUGAAGAUAUGAAAGCAGUCACUAACUGCAAACCUGAUAUAUAUACAUAUUCCAUUCUUCUCAAUAGUUGCACAAAACUCCGCCAGUUUGAUUUGAUUGAGCACAUUCUUGCUGAAAUGUCAUAUCUGGGGAUUGAAAAUAAUAAUGUGAUAUACAAUACCAUUAUAGACGGAUAUGGGAAAGCUGGUAUGUUUGAGCAAAUGGAGUAUUUUCUGACAAAUAUGAUUGAAAUCGGCAACUGCCAUCCUGAUGUUUUUACGUUGAAUUCUUUAGUAGGAGUCUAUGGAAAUAGUGGGCAAAUUGAGAAGAUGGAGAAGUGGUAUGAGGAAUUUCUGCUAAUGGGAAUAAAACCAGACAUCAAGACAUUCAAUAUCAUGAUAAGGUCCUAUGGUAAAGCAGGCCUCUAUGAUAAGAUGAAGUCUGUCAUGGAUUUCAUGGAAAAGAGGUUUUUCUCUCCAACAAUUGUAACGUAUAACACAAUAAUUGAGGUGUUUGGGAAAGCUGGAGAAAUCGAGAAGAUGGAUAGAUACUUUAAGAAAAUGAAGCAUCUAGGAGUGAAGCCUAAUUCUAUAACUUACUGUUCUCUGGUCAAUGCAUACAGUAAAGCUGGGUACAUAGAAAAAGUUGACUCAACCAUGAGGCAAGUGGAAAAUUCUGAUGUAGUAUUGGACACUCCCUUCUUCAAUUGCAUGAUUAGUGCCUAUGGUCGAGCUGGUGACUUAAAUAAAAUGGGUGAGCUAUUCCUGGCAAUGAGAGAAAGAAAAUGUGAGCCUGAUAGCAUCACAUUUGCUAGCAUGAUCCAGGCUUAUAAUAGACAAGGCAUGACAGAGGCUGCUCAAAAGUUAGAAAACAGGAUGAUUACCACCAAAGAUAGCUUAGGCACUAAGUUGAUCAGAGGCUAACAUGUUCAAUUUGAUGGAAGAAUUACUUUACAAUUUUACAGUGCACAAUGCACACGUUCCAUGAUGACCUGAGAUGCAAAAGAUUUGAGAACCCUAGCAGGUGAAUCUGUCUGGAAAUGGGCAAGGCUUUGUUAUCAACAUGGCACUGGAUUUCAUUGCUGAUGUACCUAAACACCACCAAGUUUGAUUACAUAGCCCCCGUCACACUGACUGAAAGUUGAACCUGGAAGACUACAAGUUUUGUUGAUGUGAAGUGGCUGCACUGGUUCAUGGAUGCUUUAUUGUCUUUCCUGAAGUUCUUCCAGCUGCUGCUCGUUCUUGUAUCAGAUAUCAGUUCAACAAGUUAGUAUGAGCUCUUGGGCAGUACGUGAAUCUUUGUAUGUUCCAGGCAUCACAGAAAGCUAAUGAAAUCAUCUGGUCCAAUAUGUAUGGAAAAUUGCAAUCUUAUUUUCUAUAAAUGCAUAGGGAAUUCAGGAGCCUAAAUUGUUAAUACGAGAUGAAUAGCUAUGCCUCUAUUAUUUUCUAUUUUUCUGGGCAAUGUUAAUGAGAGCAAUUUGGUUAUUUGAGCAAAAAAACUCCACCAACAACUGGAACAGGGAAAGGUGGUCCAAAUAAGUAUUUAUGGUUUAGGAUUUUGAGAAUCUUUUUCAAUUUUUGUUCCGUUGGGCCUUUAGUUGGACUUCAAUGUAGUACGAGUUCCCACUUGCCAAAAUUCCUCUUGGAGGAAAAUUUAACACCUUGGUGUCUUGUUAAUUUAUGACUGUAAUGGAUUUGAGGGUUUCUAGUUUAUGAAUCCGUUUGGUUCUCUUGACAA